CGGAAGCGCCCGGGGGGUGGGCGCGCCCGGCCCCUUGCUGCGAUUUGGCGGCGGCGGUGUAAGUCGGUGGCGGCGCCGGUACGCCUGGUCCCCGCGUGGAGUCUUUACUCAAAACAGCUCCCACCUCAGGCCAAGAUGAGGAGCCCUUCAGAAUAGCUGCUGUCUCUGGGAGGACCCGGGCGUCCUUGGCAGCCCAGCUGCUCUGGACAAAGCCCCGCCAGUCAGGCCUCCGCUGGCAGGAACCAUGGCAGAGGCUGGGGAUGCUGCGCUAUCGGUGGCCGAGUGGCUGCGGGCGUUGCACCUGGAGCAGUACACGGGACUCUUUGAGCAGCAUGGCCUGGUGUGGGCCACAGAGUGCCAAGGCCUCAGCGACGCCCGCCUGAUGGACAUGGGCAUGCUACUCCCUGGUCACCGCCGCCGCAUCCUGGCUGGCCUGCUCCGUGCCCAUACCCCACCGGCCCCUGCACCCCGCCCCACCCCACGGCCUGUGCCCAUGAAGCGCCACAUCUUCCGCUCACCAGCUGCACCCGCCACUCCACCCGAGCCGCUGCCCGCCACUACAGAGGAUGAGGGGCUCCCCGCUGCCCCACCCAUCCCGCCCCGGAGGAGCUGCCUUCCGCCCACCUGCUUCGCCACCCCGUCCACAGCUGCCCCAGACCCUGUGCUGCCCCCGCUGCCUGCUAAGCGGCAUUUGGCAGAGCUGAGCGUUCCACCCGUGCCGCCCCGCACCGGACCCCCCCGCCUGCUGGUGAGCCUGCCCACCAAGGAGGAGGAGUCAUUGCUACCAUCAUUAUCAUCCCCUCCCCAGCCACAGUCUGAGGAGCCCCUGUCCGCCCUCCCCCAGGGGCCUCCCCAGCCCCCCUCUCCACCUCCCUGCCCCCCGGAGAUACCUCCAAAGCCUGUACGCCUCUUCCCGGAAUUCGAUGACUCUGACUACGAUGAGGUCCCAGAGGAGGGGCCGGGGGCCCCAGCCAGAGUGAUGACCAAGAAGGAGGAGCCCCCACCGAGCCGAGUCCCACGGGCCGUGCGCGUGGCCAGUCUGCUGAGCGAGGGAGAGGAACUGUCUGGGGACGACCAAGGGGAUGAGGAAGAGGAUGACCACGCCUAUGAGGGCAUCCCCAAUGGCGGAUGGCACAGCAGCAGCCUGAGCUUGUCCUUGCCCAGCACAAUUGCUGCGCCACACCCCAUGGACGGGCCACCUGGGGGCUCCACCCCCGUCACACCAAUCAUCAAGGCUGGCUGGCUGGACAAGAAUCCACCGCAGGGAUCUUAUAUCUAUCAGAAACGAUGGGUGAGACUGGAUGCUGAUCACCUGCGAUACUUUGACAGUAACAAGGACGCUUACUCUAAGCGCUUUAUUUCUGUGGCCUGCAUCUCCCGCGUGGCUGCCAUCGGGGACCAGAAGUUUGAAGUGAUCACAAACAACCGGACCUUUGCCUUCCGGGCAGAGAGUGAUGUGGAGCGGAAGGAGUGGAUGCAGGCCCUGCAGGAGGCCAUGGCUGAGCAGCGUGCCCGGGCCCGGCUCUCUAGCGCUUAUCUGCUGGGAGUUCCAGGCUCAGAGCAGCCUGACCGUGCUGGCAGCCUGGAGCUUCGUGGCUUCAAGAAUAAGCUGUACGUGGCCGUGGUCGGGGACAAAGUGCAGCUCUACAAGAAUCUAGAGGAGUACCACCUGGGCAUUGGCAUCACCUUCAUCGACAUGAGCGUGGGCAACGUGAAGGAAGUGGACCGGCGCAGCUUCGACCUCACCACACCCUACCGCAUCUUCAGCUUCUCUGCUGACUCAGAGCUAGAGAAGGAGCAGUGGCUGGAGGCCAUGCAGGGAGCCAUCGCCGAGGCCCUGUCUACCUCGGAGGUGGCCGAGCGCAUCUGGGCUGCAGCCCCCAACAGGUUCUGUGCUGACUGCGGGGCUCCUCAGCCUGACUGGGCCUCCAUCAACCUCUGUGUUGUCAUCUGCAAGCGCUGUGCAGGGGAGCACCGUGGCCUGGGCGCUGGCGUCUCCAAGGUGCGGAGCCUGAAGAUGGACAGGAAGGUGUGGACAGAAACACUUAUCGAGCUCUUCUUACAGCUGGGGAAUGGCGCUGGGAACCGCUUCUGGGCAGCCAACGUGCCCCCCAGUGAGGCCCUGCAGCCCAGCAGCAGCCCCAGCACCCGGCGGUGCCACCUGGAGGCCAAGUACCGUGAGGGCAAGUACCGCCGCUACCACCCGCUCUUUGGCAACCAGGAGGAGCUGGACAAGGCCCUGUGUGCUGCAGUCACCACCACAGACCUGGCUGAGACCCAGGCGCUCCUGGGCUGUGGGGCUGGGAUCAACUGCUUCUCGGGGGACCCUGAGGCCCCCACGCCCCUGGCUCUUGCAGAGCAGGCAGGGCAGACGCUGCAGAUGGAAUUCCUUCGGAACAACCGGACCACAGAGGUGCCUCGGCUGGACUCGAUGAAGCCCCUGGAAAAGCACUACUCAGUUGUCCUGCCGACCGUGAGCCACAGUGGCUUCCUCUACAAGACCGCCUCUGCCAGCAAGCUGCUACAGGAACGCCGGGCCCGGGAAGAGUUCAGCCGGCGCUGGUGUGUCCUUGGUGAUGGGGUCCUGAGCUACUUUGAGAAUGAGCGGGCAGUGACCCCCAAUGGAGAGAUUCGGGCCAGUGAGAUUGUGUGCCUUGCAGUGCCCCCUCCUGACACCCAUGGCUUUGAGCACACCUUUGAGGUGUACACGGAGGGAGAACGGCUGUACCUGUUUGGGCUGGAGAGUGCGGAGCAGGCUCAUGAGUGGGUCAAGUGUAUUGCUAAGGCAUUCGUGCCUCCCCUAGCCGAGGAUCUGCUGGCCCGGGAUUUUGAGCGGCUCGGACGCCUACCCUACAAAGCUGGCCUGAGCCUACAGCGGGCCCAGGAGGGCUGGUUCUCUCUCAGUGGCUCGGAACUCCGCGCUGUCUUCCCGGAGGGGCCCUGCGAAGAGCCGCUGCAACUACGGAAACUGCAGGAGCUUUCCAUCCAGGGGGACAGUGAGAACCAGGUGCUGGUGCUGGUGGAGCGAAGGAGGACACUGUACAUACAGGGCGAGCGGCGGCUGGACUUCAUGGGUUGGCUGGGGGCCAUCCAGAAAGCAGCUGCCAGCCUGGGGGACACGCUGUCGGAGCAGCAGCUUGGGGACUCGGAUAUCCCGGUGAUCGUGUACCGCUGUGUGGACUACAUCACGCAGUGCGGCCUGACCUCGGAGGGCAUCUACCGCAAGUGUGGGCAGACAUCGAAGACACAGCGGCUGCUGGAGAGCCUGCGGCAGGAUGCGCGCUCUGUACACCUCAAGGAGGGCGAGCAGCACGUGGAUGAUGUUUCAUCGGCGCUCAAGCGCUUCCUGCGCGACCUGCCUGAUGGGCUCUUCACUCGCGCCCAGCGCCUAGCCUGGCUGGAGGCCUCAGAGAUUGAGGACGAGGAGGAGAAGGUCUCCAGGUACCGAGAGCUGCUGGUGCGGCUGCCCCCUGUCAACCGGGCCACAGUGAAGGCCCUUAUCAGCCACCUGUACUGUGUUCAGUGCUUCUCAGAUACGAACCAGAUGAACGUGCACAACCUGGCAAUUGUGUUUGGGCCCACGCUCUUCCAGACAGAUGGGCAGGACUACAAGGCUGGCCGUGUGGUGGAAGACCUCAUUAACCACUAUGUGGUGGUGUUUAGUGUGGAUGAGGAAGAGCUCAGGAAGCAGCGGGAGGAGAUCACUGCCAUUGUGAAGAUGCGCGUGGCUGGCACUGCCAGUGGGACCCAGCAUGCCGGUGACUUCAUCUGCACAGUGUAUCUGGAGGAGAAGAAGGCAGAGACUGAGCAGCAUAUCAAGAUCCCAGCAUCCAUGACUGCUGAGGAGCUCACCCUGGAGAUCCUGGAUCGCCGGAAUGUGGGCAUCAGGGAGAAGGACUAUUGGACCUGCUUUGAGGUCAACGAGAGGGAGGAGGCAGAGCGCCCCCUGCACUUUGCGGAGAAGGUGCUGCCCAUCCUGCACGGGCUGGGCACGGACAGCCACCUGGUGGUGAAGAAGCACCAGGCCAUGGAGGCCAUGCUGCUGUACCUGGCCAGCCGUGUCGGUGACACCAAGCAUGGCAUGAUGAAGUUCCGUGAGGACCGCAGCCUCCUGGGCCUGGGCCUGCCCUCAGGUGGCUUCCACGAUCGCUACUUCAUCCUCAACAGCAGCUGCCUGCGGCUCUACAAGGAGGUCCGGAGCCAGAGGCCGUGGAGCGGGGCCCCUGAGACCAGUCACCGGCCUGAGAAGGAGUGGCCUGUUAAGAGUCUCAAAGUCUACCUGGGAGUGAAGAAGAAACUCAGGCCACCCACCUGUUGGGGCUUCACAGUGGUGCAUGAGACAGAGAAACAUGAGAAGCAGCAGUGGUACCUCUGCUGUGACACACAGAUGGAGCUCCGGGAGUGGUUCGCUACCUUCCUGUUUGUGCAGCAUGACGGCCUGGUGUGGCCCUCAGAGCCCUCACGCGUGUCCCGGGCAGUGCCUGAGGUCCGGCUGGGCAGCGUGUCACUGAUCCCCCUUCGAGGUAGUGAAAACGAAAUGCGCCGGAGUGUGGCUGCCUUCACCGCGGACCCUCUGUCUGUGAGUGGCUCUCCAUGCCUUUGGGCAGGGGGCUGGGGGCCUGGCUGGGUGCCUGCCUUCUACUCCACAGUAGAUGAUUGCCCUGAUUGCCCUCCCCGAUUGCCCUCCGGCCCCCUCCCUCCAGCCUCGGUGGGGACCCUCAUAGGCCUCUUUGGUUCACACCAUUCAAAGGAGCCCCUUCUGCCUGGCCCUGGAAGCUGGGAGUCCCCUCUGCCCGGCCCUGGGAGCUGGGAGCCUGGCUGACUGGAGUGCUCCCCGGCUGGUGGUGGAGAGUGGCUGCAACAGCUUCAGCGGGGCGCCGGCCCCUCUGGGCCUUCACAAAAUGCCUGUGGGUCUCUUGCCUUCCUGCAGCUCCUGCGCAACGUCUGAGCACAGGAGCCCAUCCUUGGCUCUAGGAUUCCGACGCUGGAAGCCUUCUGUUCAGACACCCCUUAUGCUCCAAGGCCUGGUGUGAGCCAGCAGGGGGUGCAUGGGAAACUGCACCCCACAACCCACAUCCUCCAUCCUGACUGCAGCAUGGGGUUCCCCGGCAGGGGUGGGAGGCAGCAGGGUCAGCCUGGGCAGGAACCUCUCCCAACUCUGUCCAGGUGUUCAGACCUCUUGGCCCAACCUGCUCAUCCCACCGGGUUCACUGUCCUUGUGGGGCUGGAGAGAUGGGCAUAAGUCAGGAACUUGGGAGGACCACCACCCUUUCAGAGGCGUGAGGCCCUGGGGCCCUGCCGGAAGGGAGCCCCCUGCUCCUCCCAACAAACUCCAGAACAGCAGAAAGUGGGUGCUCUAGAGGAGCACUCAGCUCAGGGGGAGGGAGCUCUUGGCUGAGCUUCUAUAGGACUGAGCGCUGCGCUUUGGGGACUUCAGCCUUCCUUCCAGUCUGGGCUGACUAGGGGGUCCAGACUACCUGAUGCCCCUUCCCCGAUUUGGGGACUUUUUGAUAAUAUAAAUAUAUCUGUAUAUUUUACCCUA